CAGAGGUUUACCUCGGUUCGCAAACUACUUCUACUUUAAUUAAAACACAUUUUGGGGAAUUAAAAGACUUUAAAUUAGUCUUAAAACGUAACUUCUUUAAUUAUAGAAGCAGCGGAAGUUAAAGUGAGUUCAGGUCCUGCAGUGGCACAUCAAGAAUGAGCAGCGGUUACACACCGACAAGCGCUGGGUGAGUGGGAGGGUUUGUCUGCGCUCCACUGUGUGUUUGUGUGUUGGCGUGUGUGUGUGUGUGUGUGUGUGUGUGUCUGUGUGGCGUGUGUGUGUGAAGUUGCGGCAGUGAGGAGAUUACCCCUGAAAGUGCGGACUGUCAACAGACGCCAGGUGACCGGACCGAGGAGAUGCUGCUAAAACACAACGGGAGUCUUCUUCUGCUCACCGUCACCUGCAUGUGCUUCUCAAGAGGUUUGCUUUGGUCCUACCAAGAAGAGGAUGCCACUGACGGUGAGAAAUGCUCGGAAAAUAAUAUUUCUACCACAAAGUACCCCUGCGUGAAGUCAACGGGAGAGGUUACGACGUGUUACAGAAAGAAGUGUUGCAAGGGCUUUAAGUUUGUUCUGGGCCAGUGCAUUCCUGAAGACUAUGACGUAUGCGCCGGCGCCCCCUGUGAGCAGCAGUGUACCGAUCAUUUCGGCAGAGUGGUGUGUACCUGUUACCCCGGCUAUCGCUAUGACCGUGAGCGUCACAGAAGGCGAGAGAAGCCCUAUUGUCUGGACAUCAAUGAAUGCGCAGACAAAAACAUGACUGCAUGCUCUCAGAUCUGCAUUAACUCUGUGGGGAGCUACAGGUGUGAGUGUGAGAAAGGCUACUUCCUGGAAGAAGAUGGGAAAACAUGCACCAAGGGGGAGAGAGCAGUACAUCUCUUUGAGAAGUCUGAUAAUGUCAUGAAUACUGGAACCUGCUCAGCCACGUGUGAUGAUUUCUACCAAAUUAAGAUGUCUGUCCUACAGCUUAAACAGAAGAUGGCUUUGCUGUCAAACAGUGCUGGCAUCCCUGAGCAGAUGACGAGUGAAAAACUCCUAUCACCUAUGUCUUUACCAGGGCCUCCAGGUUCCCCUGGACCUCCAGGAGAUCCAGGACCAGAAGGCCCUCCAGGAAUUUCAGGACAGACGGGGCCCCCUGGACCACCUGGCCCCAGAGGCUUAAUGGGACCCAUUGGACCAACACCCGACCUGUACCACAUCAAACGAGGCCCUCGGGGGCCUGUGGGGCCUCCAGGAGCACCAGGAAAAGACGGUCUAAAGGGGGACAGAGGAGCUCCUGGGCCUGUUGGACCACCAGGCCCUCCAGGAUCCUUUGAUUUCCUGCUUCUGCUGAUGGCAGACAUCCGAAAUGACAUCGCUGACCUGCAGAGCAAGGUGUACGGUCGACCUAUGCACUCUCUAGAGGAGGACUUUCCCACAGUCCCUGACAGCUGGAGACAAAACCAGGACCCUUUAGAUAUGGGCUCGGGUGAGGACUCUAAGGAAGCGCCGCCUCGAACAGGCGGCGGGCCAAAGAGGAACAGGAAGAGGAAACCAACACGAGAGAGAACAGAGUGAACAAACUGGAAUGAAUGAAAAAGGUGUUUUUAAAUACACUGUCUUUGGUGUGAAUAUUGAAAUGAUCUGCCUUCUUAUUUAACUUCUUUAAAAAAGAACAUAUUUUAUGCUGUUUGAUUACAGAUUGUCUAUUUUUGUAUGAUAUACAAAAUUUCAUCUAUUUUUUAACAAAAAUGAGUAGACUGUGCCAACGCAUGCUUUUUUAUUGCAUAUUUUCAGAAACCUACUGUUCCUUUAUAGCACAUUAAAGAAGUCUCUCAUAAAAACAGUUUUUUUUUCUCUUUAACUGUAAACAAUCGGCAUGUGUUGCAUCAUUUUUGUGCUUGCAGGAAGAAUUAAAGCAGCAAAAUAUAGAAUUUUACUUUUUAACCUUAGUGCAUUGAGUCUCAUCUAUUGCAUGCCC